UGCUCUUUGGACGGCUCUUCUGAUGGAUUUUUUAUCAGUGGAUCUUGGGAUAAAACGGCACGGAUUUGGAAGAAUAGGAAUUGUGUUGCUGUACUUAAGGGUCAUACUGAUGCUGUGUGGUCCGUUUUGCUACUCUCUAAUUCUUCUAAUAAGCUCAAAAUCGCAACUGCUUCCGCCGACCGAUCCAUUCGGAUAUGGACCAUUGACUUGGCUACUUUUUUGAACGAACCCCUUAAUGUUUCCUCCGCCGAUAUGGUUUUAACAGGACACUCAGAUUGCGUCCGGUCUUUAGCCAAGGUGGAUGAUAAUCAUUUAUUAUCAGCAAGUAAUGAUGGUGGUGUUCGUUGUUGGGAUAUCAUUGCUGGAGAUUGUGUUGGCGAAUUUUAUGGUCAUUCAAAUUUUGUCUAUGACGUUGCUUGUCGGCCGGAGCAUGGGAUAAUUCUUUCCUCUGGGGAAGAUAGGAGUGUUCGUGUCUGGCCCCUUCCUCAGGAAUGGAGAACAGGGUUGUUGAUUGAAUGUUCACAGACGAUUGCUCUCCCCUGUCAAUCUGUCUGGUGCUUAUCUAUCCUACCAAACGGUGAUGCAGUUGCUGGCUGUAGGUUACUUUAUAUAUUAUUUUACCUUUACGAUAAUUAA